AGCCACCGCGCGGGUUCGCAACGCGCUACAGCAGGUGGGUCCCGCGCCGCAGCGCACUGCAGCGCCGCGGAGAGGAGGCGGCCGCCACACCUAGCGCGCCGCGGAGCGCCGGGGCUGGCGCGGGCGGAUCCGCCCUAAGGGCCGCUCGUGUCCCCGGCCUCGGCCCCGCCCCUCCCCGUCCAAUGAGAGCCCGCGGCCGAGGGGGCCGUCCGCACACUAGGCCCGCAGCUCCCCUUCGCGCCGCAGAGCCCCCGAUACCGCACUCAGCGCUCGGGCGCCGAGCCCCGGACCCCUAGCUCCGCGCCCCGUCGUCAGCUUUCGGAUACUGCAACGUGCGCCCCUCUCCGGGACGCUGUGCCCCGGCUCUCCGUGACCCUAGGUUCCUAGCCGUCAGCAGCCCCAUGGCCCCCCAGAGGGGUGAGGUAGGAGCAGCUUGAGUACCACCUGACGCGUCCCCGUCCACGCCCCUGCGGGCUGCACGGCGGGAGUCGUGGGGAGCUAUGCUGAGGCCGGGUGGUGCGGAGGAAGCUGCGCAGCUGCCCCCUCGGCGUGCCCGGGCCCCUGUCCCCGAGCCCGCGCCCAGACCCCCGGCCCCCGACGGCUCCCGGGCUUCGGUCCGUCUAGGUGUUACCUGCUUUCUGCUGCUGCUGCUGCUGACGCUGCCGGCCCGCGUAGACAUGUCCUGGUGGUACAUUGGGGCACUGGGGGCCCGCGUGAUCUGUGACAAUAUCCCUGGUUUGGUGAGCCGGCAGCGGCAGCUGUGCCAGCGUUACCCAGACAUCAUGCGCUCAGUGGGCGAGGGGGCCCGAGAAUGGAUCCGAGAGUGUCAGCACCAGUUCCGCCACCACCGCUGGAACUGCACCACGCUGGACCGGGACCACACUGUCUUUGGCCGUGUCAUGCUCAGAAGUAGCCGGGAAGCAGCAUUUGUAUAUGCCAUCUCUUCAGCAGGAGUGGUACAUGCUAUCACUCGUGCCUGCAGCCAGGGUGAACUGAGUGUAUGUAGCUGUGAUCCCUACACCCGUGGCCGACAUCAUGACCAACGUGGGGACUUUGACUGGGGUGGCUGCAGUGACAAUAUCCACUAUGGCGUCCGUUUUGCCAAGGCUUUUGUGGAUGCCAAGGAGAAGAGGCUUAAGGAUGCCCGGGCCCUCAUGAACUUACAUAACAACCGCUGUGGUCGCACGGCUGUACGGCGGUUUCUAAAACUGGAGUGCAAGUGCCAUGGUGUGAGUGGUUCCUGUACUCUGCGCACCUGCUGGCGUGCACUCUCAGACUUCCGCCGCACAGGUGAUUAUCUGCGGCGGCGCUAUGAUGGGGCUGUACAGGUGAUGGCCACCCAGGAUGGUGCCAACUUCACAGCAGCUCUCCAAGGCUAUCGCCGUGCCACCCGGACUGAUCUUGUCUAUUUCGACAAUUCCCCAGACUACUGUGUCUUGGAUAAGGCUGCAGGCUCCCUAGGCACUGCAGGCCGUGUCUGCAGCAAGACAUCAAAAGGAACAGAUGGUUGUGAAAUCAUGUGCUGUGGCCGGGGGUAUGACACAACUCGAGUCACCCGUGUCACCCAGUGUGAGUGCAAAUUCCACUGGUGCUGUGCUGUGCGGUGCAAGGAGUGCAGAAACACUGUGGACGUCCACACCUGCAAGGCCCCCAAGAAAGCAGAGUGGCUGGACCAGACCUGAACACAGAUACCUCACUCAUCCCUCCACUUCAAGCCUCCCAACUCAAAAGCACAAGAUCUUUGCAUGCACACCUUCCUCCACCCUCAGUCCUGGGCUGCUACAGCUUCUGUUUAAGGACUUGGAGAAUAAUCCAGAGGGACCAUGGUGUCCUGACUAGUUCCUUAGCCCUGGGAAGGAGUUGACAGGGGGUAUGAGAAACUGAGCAGCCCCCUGAUCUCCUCUGGAGGUGUGAUUGGAGAGAAGAGGUAGGGGGUCUUCAGAGUGGUAUGAGUUGCACUAAAGUACCUAGCUGAGGCUCAAUUUUCUUAUCCCUUGCACUGGCCUCCUGACACUUCUUGAGUGUGCAAGAGGAAGGGGUACCUGGAUAGUUUCAUUUUUUCUAGCUGGCGAAGGUUAGAUGGGACAGAGAUGAAACUGCAUGCCCCUUCCCUGGAGUCAGUAUAAGCAGACAGCCUAGUACCCCAAAAGAAAGGCGCAACAUUCCUUUAUUAUUGAGGGUCUGAGAUUGCUAGACAAGAGUUAGCCAAAGUGGACAAGGUUCUAUGUGCACAUGGUCCUAUGUUUAUGAACUGCUGUGUUUUGUAGGGAAGACAGUUGUAUAACUAUACAAACACACAUUCAUUCAUUCUCUUCCCCUGCCCCCUUUUCAAAUCAGACAGUCUGUACUGCUUCUCUUGCUCACUUGCUGCCUAUUCGAACCUAGGUGGUAUGCAGUGGUUCCCAUGCCUAAGAGAUCAUUAUUCUAUACCCUAGAACA